CAGACGGAAAGAGGCCAUCAGACAAGGUCGCUUUUUCUGGCGACACAGCAAGUGCUAGGAACGUGGUGCUGAAUACAAUCCACCCGCUCUGCCUGGAGACCUAGGGAUUCACAGAAGCACUUUGCGCAGGCAGGAAAACAAAGGAGGGAAGGCGAGAGGACGGGCGGAGAGGGGUUGCGAGCUGCUCCCCUUUAUCGCUAGGAAACCAAGCUCGGUUCCUCCGCCAGGAAGGAGAAGGGAGCCAGAGAGGUGCGGAAGGCUCCUGGAAGCGCAGAGCGGAGACGCGGCAGAACUCUGGACUGCGCCUCCGACACCCACAAGGCUCAGAUCCAGGGUUUGCUCUCCAGAGCCUGGCUGUCCGUAAAAGCUUCUGGACUCCCACCCAUCGCCCGCGGUCCCCGUGUGAACGCGCCACGGGCUGGAUCAGCUCUGUCCUCUCUGGCCCCGCCACGGAAAUGGUUCUCUGGUUCUGGAAAUCCAGACCCUUUGGAUAAUGUUUUGCUGGUGAAGAAAGAAAAGUUUGAGGAGCUGGACUGUGGUAGGGGGCGGAAAGGGCUGAAGAGGACUUUGAAAGAAAGAAGGUAGAUGAUCAGCUUCCAUCUCUGAGCUGGAAGGAAUGAUGACCCAAGGAGAAUGUGCACCAGCGGCCAGAUCAUUGGGAGCCUUUUGGUGCUCUCUGUGCUGGAGAUAGGGCUGGGGGUGUCCAGCGUGGCCGUGGGGGCGGUCAGCUUCAGCCUGGCUCUCCGAGAGCACACGCCGCAGCUCGGAGACUCGUCCCCGGUAUGGAGCGGGGUGUGUUUUCUUCUUUGCGGCAUAUGUGGAAUACUGUGCGCCAAGAAAAAGUCAGGACUUGUCAUGAUCCUCUUUUCAGCCUGCUGCAUCUGUGGACUCAUCGGAGGCAUCCUGAAUUUUCAGUUUCUUCGGGCAGUCACAAAAAAGACCUCAUCCCUGUACCCACUGCAUCUCGCUUCCAUGUCUUUGGCGUGCAUCGGCAUUGGUGGCUGCACUGUCUCCUCUUGGCUCACUUGUCGUCUGGCCAGCUAUGAGCAGAGGAGGAUGUUCUCAGAAAGGGAACAUUCCCUGCACCACUCGCAUGAAAUGGCUGAGAAAAGAUUGAGGGCUAUUGAAAUAACCGACUUGCCCAGCUGCCCGGUGGUGCCCCCGACACCAGAGUUACCUACAAGGAAGUGACAGACAACAUGAGCAAUGGAGCACCACAACUGAUAUUUAAUGGAAGAGUACAAUCAAUGUUUUAAAGAACUGACCAUUUUUCAGGUUGACCGUGAGGCAGGAGAGGCUGAAGACCUGGGAGCAGCAGUUGAAAUGGUUCCUGGAUUUGCUGUUAUUUCUCCUGGGCGUCCACUCAAUUUGGUCUCACUCACCCUUUAUCCCUUUCUAGAGGGUAUAAACUUUCCAGAAAUGUAGCUUAGUCAUCUCAGCAGAAUGACCAAUUAUUCUGAAGAAGAUUAUUCCAAAAAAAUGGCAAAGUGAUUAAUACUGUACACAAACAUCAUUUGACUAGCAUGAGCUUUAGAAUUGUAAUUGCAUAUUUUAUGAAUAAUUCAAAAGUAAACACAUCAAGAACUAACAAUAACUUAUUGAUGUCUUUGUUUUGAAAGACAAAUGACUUCAAGUAUGCUAAAAUCAAGACCUCAGCAAAAUGCCUUGUUGCAACAACAUUGUAAUUAAUUUCAAUUUGUGAAUGAACUGUAUUUCAUAAUUUAUUUGUAAAUUAUAAAAAAACUAAAGCUUAAAAGAUGAUUUUUUAGUGAGAGAAAGAAUAUUAAUCUGUAUGAUAUUUUUGCACUUUUGAACAAGUGAAUAUUAUGUAAGAAAAAUAAACGUUUUCAUUAUGCUGUGCAAAUUGAUCUUCAUGUUCAUGAAUAAUUCUGAGAAUAAAGCAUUGUGUAUACGUAGGUGUAUAUAUACUGUAAAUACAGAAAAUACACACAGCAUAUAUUUAUAGCUACAUGAAUGUAACUAGGUAAUAGGGAAGAAAUUGUGGCGGUAUGAGAUUAUUCCACUGGCUAUGAGAAGGCCAGCACUCAAAGCUCUCUAAACCCGCAAGGUCACAUAUUUAAUUCCUACUCGAUCUGACAAUUUUCUACUUUUUCUUAAACCAAUUGUGUGGUAGAUAAGCAUUGUAGCUGAUACAUAUGGAGCUGAGUGACUUGAAUGUUGAAGCAUGAAUGUAAACUACUUAGUUGUUGGUAUUUUGCUGUGACUAUGAUGUUUAUGUAAAAGUAAUUGUUAAUAUUGAUUUAUAAGCAUAACUUCAAUCAUUUUUUCUCUAAGGUUAUUCCUAAUGUGCUUAUUUCAUAGAACUUUCAGCCAAAUUAAGCUCUGUAAUUGAGAAAUGGUAACCCAAGGGAAGUUAACACUACCUUUGUUAUACUUUACGUGUUUUAUCUCCUUUGGUGAUUAACAUGAAGGUCAUUUAUUGGAAAAUAUAUAUUCGAAGUGUCUGAAGGAGUUCUCCGUAUAAUAAAUACGAAAGAUAAACUGACAUUCAUGUGGCUAGAGCCAAUUCUUCUCUUCCACAAUGGAAUAUUAAAAUACCAACCAACAAUAUGUAUAAAAGAUCAAACAUCAUGGACUCUGGAGAUAUUUAUGAAAAUUAAUCUCUGACAACGUACAAAGUAAUAUUAUUUUAUUUUAUUUUUCAUUGGAUUUUUUUAUUUACAUCUCAAAUGCUAUUCCCUUUCUCAGUUUCCCAGACAUAAGCCCCCAUCCCAUACACCUCCCCUUCUUCUGUAAGGGUGUUCCCCUCCCCAACCACCCCCUACUAUUUUUUAAUAAGUAACAUUGCACUGUAUAUCUGUAUUAAUUCCCAAAUCUAAGCAAAUUUCAUUUCAAUUUUCUGAGUUACUAAUCACAGUUAAAUUGAUACAUUUCAUGCUUGGUUUGAGAACACCGUAUAAUCACAAGCAAAACGUGAGUUUUCAUUGUGCUAACAAAACAGCAAUAAUUGGGUCUAAGGUUCCAUGAGACUUUGACAAUGUCAUCAUUAAACCUUGUGAUGAACUCCUUAGAAAAUUCUGGCUGAACAGAAAUAAAUGGCCUCUGCUUCAUUUUGGUUAUAGUUUUGAACUCUUCCUCACUCGUUUGGAUCCUUCAUUGUCUGGUAUAUUACAAAUCGUGUCCAUAGAUUUGAUCUCAAGUAAUGAAUCAUGAUCAUCACCACUCAUUUCCUGCUACAUGUAAGCAUGAUACUUGCCACUAAAUAUGCAAACUCUAAACUCGUAAACUCUCACACAUACAUGGUUAUACUAAAUUUAUGCUGGAGGUGGCUUAAUCUUUAAGGAAGAAACCAGUAACUUUAAUUUUGUUAGCAUUUCUCUGUAGGCAUGUAAAAUACAGAGUACAUCAACACAUUUAAUGACUUUUUAAUUUAUUUAUAAAAACACAUAUUAAAAAUCAAAGUAGGCUAUCAUUUCUUUGAAAACAAUUAAAAAGAGAUUCAAUCACUGCGGUUAUCUAAAUAGUUCACAGUGUGUGUGUGUGUGUGUAAUCAAUUUUAGACACAUCUUUAAAUGUGAUUAUUUCAAACUUGUGCUUUCUUAGCUCAAACUGGAGUGUUUACUUAGGGUAUAAGGGUAUUCUGAGAUAAGUGGGGGAAGUUAGAAGACAUUAUUCAAGUAAUUAAAAUUUUAAUUUUGACAACAAACUGACAAAGAAUAAAAAAAACAUGAGUGCCUCCAUCAUAGUUUCAGUAUACAUCUACCAUUGAAGAAAUAUGAUCUGAUAUUAAAUUAGGAAAAUAUAUGUGAAGCUUGGUGUGGAGUAUGCUUUAAGUGCAAAAAGGAAAAGCUGUCACUUCUAGAAAAUUUUAAAAUAUAUUUGUAUGUGUAUAUAUGUGUUAUAUACACACAUCUGUUUUGAAGUGGAGCAUUGUAUGAUGACUCUUGAUGUUUAUGUAAUAAAACCAUAUGCUUUGAA